AACUUUUUAAAACUCUCAUGUUGUGCAAGGUUUGUAGUUAAAUCCUGCAGCUCUACUUCUGGAUUCAUUCGGAUACGUCUUCUGUUUUUUUUACAAUGAGCAUCCCAGUGGUGGACUUCGGCGCAUACAGUUUGAGUGUGGAAGAUGUAUCUGAGGAGCAGAUGCGCAAACUGAGCAAAGAGUUGAAAACAGCUUUUACAGAAGUUGGUUUUGUUUAUCUGACGAACACUGGGAUCACUCAGGAGGAGGUGGAAUGUGUUAUGGCGGUAUCCAAGACUUUCUUCCUGCAGCCAGAUGAAGAGAAACAACCCUUCAGCAGGAAAGGGUUUGCCAUCUGUCCCAACCACGGCUGGGUGUCUAUGGAGACUGAGAGGUUGAAUCCUGAGCGAUCUGGAGACCUAAAGGAGGCAUUCAACAUUUCCUCAUUUCACCCUGACAUUAAAUGGCCAUCAGCUGUAAAAGGGUUCCAAGAAAUCAAGACAUCUUUCUUCCAACGCUGCAAAGAGCUGAGUGUGCGCGUGCUGAGGGUGAUGGCCCACAGUCUGGGUCUGGACCCUGAAGUGUUCCUCAGUGCACACCAACUUAUGGGAACUGAGGAGAAUGGCACAACACUGCGGUCUCUGUACUAUCCAUCAGUAAACCAUGAGAAAGUGAAGGAGGGCCAGCUGCGAUGUGGAGAACAUUCAGAUUAUGGCACUAUCACCCUGUUGUUCCAGGACUCUGGAGGUCUGCAGGUGCGUGCACGUUCAGGUGAAUUCAUCAGUGCUCCUGGCGUCCCUGGAGCGGUCCUCCUCAAUAUCGCCGACCUUAUGCAGCGCUGGACCAGCGAUCAGUUUAUCUCUGUGCUCCACAGAGUUUUGCUGCCACCUGCUGGAAACUCCAGUGCCCGUCAGUCGAUGGCUUUCUUUGUCCAUCCAGAUAAUGAGGCUCUGAUCAUCCCCUGCGAUGGCUCCAACAAAUAUCCUCCAGUUACAGGAAGCGGCUACCUCGAUGAGCGCUUCAGAACCUCAUAUGGACAAAACUAAAACUCAUCACGUCAUCCAUAUGCAACUUGUGAUGAAAUAUCUAGAAAGUCUAUUUAAUCGUGUUUUAUCAUAGAUGCACCUUAGAUCCCACACUGUUUUAAACUGUGUUUUUAAGAUAAUCAGGGAGUGUAUGACUAAAUUAGAGACACAAACCUCAAACCUGCAAGCUCAUUCACUUUAUUGUCCACAUUCAAAACUUUUAGGCUACAAUAGUUUUAUAUCUCACAGGACGCUGGGGGGUGGAAAGAUUUAACUGCUUUUUAAAAGGGAUACAUGUAAUAUCAACCUGUUUAUUGUCCUCAAUUUGCUUAAAUGACUAACUAUCUCCUUGGUUUUAAUUCAAGUUUCUCCUAUGUUAGACACCAGGCUAAAUUCAACCUGCUGCAGUUUCAUUUACAGUGGUGUGAUGAAAAAUAAAUUAAACAUCAUUCUUAAAUUCAAAUUAAACACACACCCAUACAACCAUUCUGACAUCCAUACAAUUGUCACUCUAACACCAACACAAUUAUAUUAAAUUAAAAGACUUAAAUAUAUGUAACUCUUUUUGUAAACUAAAUAUGAUCUUCAAUCAUCUGGUCCAACAGAUUUAUGCAUUUGAUGCAGGUAUAAACUUUGUAAAAAGAAAAAAAAACUCAGGAAAUUUUCAGCUAUGUGUACAUGGAAGAAUUUCACAGUAAAAGGUCUGAAAAAAAACCCCUCAAACCAACAGCAUGAUGGCUAAUGAGAACCUUGGGUAAAUGUUGCUGUCUGGACUCUUCCAUAUAGCAUA